GGUAGCUCGAAGUUAAUCAUUGUCCCGCAGGCAGGAGUCGCUUCGCUUAGCUCUUCUGGCAGCCCCUCCUUGCGGCUCGGAGUCUCCACCUCUCCGGAGCGUUGGGGACCCGCCUGCUUCCCCACUCCUCCUUCUCUUCCCAGCUAACGAUCUUCGGUCGAGAGAGCUUCCUGCCUGGCGGAUCGGUCUAGACUUCAGCCCGGGUUUACGGCGCGCGAUCUGGCGGAGCCGCUUUGACUUGAAUUUUGGGAAUUUUGGGAAAACUCCAGGUUCUUGGAUGCCCCAUAUUCUGGCAGAGAUGAGGGAGUCGCAAUCUCUAUUGCCCUGAGCAUGAGUGUCUCCGAAUAUUCAAUGAGGCAGUUGCCUGAAACUUUAAUCAAUGCUCCCCAUAUUUUGGAUGACUGGAAGAACAUGGCGCAAACUCCUUCGGAUGCUUCUUCGCUCUUGAAGACUGGAGUGCUGAACAAUGCCAACAACAAUGCCUCCUCAGGGCCCUGGAGAGGCCUGAGGAGCCCUUCCCUUUCUGCUGCUGCCUCUCAUUCCAAACUAAGUUAUCUAGAGCGGGUUCUCUUGGAGAUUGUGGAAUCCGAACGCAUGUAUGUGCAGGAUUUACGAAACAUCAUAGAGAAUUACUUGGGGAAGAUCAUAGACACUCAGGAGCUGUUGUUGCGGCCAGAACAAGUCAGCGCACUCUUUGGGAACAUUGAAGACAUCUACGAGCUGAACAGUGAACUACUGCAAGAACUGGAUAGUUGCCACAAUGAUCCUGUUGCCGUUGCGCAGUGUUUUGUACACAGGAGCCAAGACUUCAACAUCUAUACUCAAUACUGCAAUAACUAUCCAAACUCUGUGGCAGCUCUGACUGAAUGUAUGAGGAACAAACAACUGGCCAAAUUCUUUCGGGAGAGGCAGGAACAAAUCCGGCACUCCUUGCCCCUUGGCUCCUACCUUCUCAAGCCUGUCCAGCGCAUUCUCAAAUAUCAUCUGCUUCUACAGGAGAUAGCAAAGCACUUUGACAGAGAAGGAGAUGGCUAUGAAGUGGUGGAAGAGGCAAUUGCCACCAUGACUUGUGUAGCUUGGUACAUCAAUGACAUGAAGCGGAAGCAUGAACAUGCCGUGCGGCUGCAGGAAAUCCAGUCCUUACUUAUCAACUGGAAGGGACCAGACCUGACAACUUAUGGUGAGCUAGUCCUAGAGGGCACAUUCCGGGUACAUCGUGUCAGGAACGAGAGAACAUUCUUCCUUUUGGACAAGAUCUUGCUGAUAACUAAGAAGCGGGGUGAUCACUACAUAUGCAAGAGUCACAUUCCAUGUUCGUCUUUGAUGCUGAUUGAGAGCACACGGGAUUCACUUUGCUUCACUGUCACCCACUACAAGCAUAACAAGCAGCAGUAUAACAUUCAGGCCAAAUCAGGGGACGAGAAGCGGGUUUGGACUCACCACCUCAAGCGCCUGAUCUUAGAAAAUCACCAUGCCAUAAUCCCUCAGAAAGCCAAAGAAGCCAUCUUGGAAAUGGACUCAUUCUAUCCUCCUCACUUCAAAUACAGUCCUGAGCACUUGAAGAAAUCCUUAUCAUGCCAACAGCCUGAAGAAAUCCUUAAACAGAAUCGGCCUGGACGUCGACAAUCAGAACCGUACUGUGGCAAAACCAGUGCUGAGAAGCUCUUAGAUGGACUCCACAACUCCACAGCUGCGGCAGGUUCUAAAAGUCGCAGAAAAUCGGAGCCAACAAAACAGAUCCUCAAGCAACUGAGUAACAAAGGAUUAAAGCACGCAGAUAGUGAUGGAGCCCUUCUGGAGUUUGGGGAACACCCACAGGUCCCCCACAGCUUAUCCCAAGAGGAGGAUCAGCAGACCCUUCCCCAGGAAUCUUCUGAAGAGCUGGCUGAAAGUGAUGGCAGUGAGAAGGAGACGGGGCUCGAAGAAGAGAAUGGAGCUGAGGAGGAGGAAGAGGAAGAAGAGGAGGAAGACGAGGAGGAGGAAGAAGAAGAUGAGGAGGAAGAGGACAGGCUGGUAGGAACGGAGCAGGUGUCAGACUUUGCAAGCUCCUUGAUGGCAGUCCUCCAUUGCUGGCACUAUCGGGCCAAUACUUUGCUUUUCUCCUGGGGCAGCACGGGCAAGGGCCACAAGACACAGGAAGGACCCAAACAAGACCACUCUUCCAGCAUUAGAGAGAGGAUUGUGGAGAUUGUGUCAUCCGUGCCAAAGGUUCGAUCACCUAUUGAGCUUGACAAAGUGCUAGACAUUCCUUCACAUCGGGAAGAGUGUCUAGAAGAGAACCCUCAGCAUCCAGAUCUAGAUCACCAUAGGCUCCUGGAUCAAGGUUCAGAUAUCAUGGAGUCUGCUGAAAAUGUAGAAGAACUGAAGCCUUUGAGCAGUGAGGAGGAAGAGGAGGAAGAGGAUGGUCAUGCACCACAAUCCAGCAGCAUCCUCCCCUUUUCUGUGCUAGAUCAGGCCAGUAUCAUUGCAGAGCGCUUUGCCAGUAGCCUCUCCCGUCGCAAUAGCUUGGUUCACGAGGAAGGGAAGGGCUACCUCACACCAAAGAUGGCCAGCCGGAGCAGCAGUGUUCUGAGCUUGGAAGGGGGCGAAGAGGCUGAGUGUUGCAACAAUGGCUGCACUAUUGUGGACUCCCAGAGUUGCAGCAUCCUGCAAGAGCCCUCUGCCGAACCCAACAGUGCUUGCAACGGUGCAGUGCGGCCUGGCCUGGUUGAGUCUGACCAUUCUUCUUGUCGACGGAAGGAAUCGAUGUUGUCCCACCAGGACCGGCUGCUGCUGGACAAGAUCAAGAGUUACUAUGAUUAUGCUGAGCACCAGGAUGCUAACUUCAGUGUCAGGCGGAGGGAGAGUCUGUCCUUCAUUCCCAAAGGGCUGGUGAGAAAUUCUAUUUUUCGGAUAAACAGUCUUCCCCAGCCAGAACCUGGACAGGAGGUGCUGAAGAGGAAGAGACCGCCCCCCUUGGACAAUAGUGUAGCAAGCAAGGCAGUAUCUUUGAUGCUUUCAAAUAGGCCUGGUGUUGCACUCCCGUCUCCCCAUUUGGAGACAACCAGUGAGGAAAAUCCAAUGCCUAUCACUGAAGCAGAGUUCAGGUCACCUAAUGAGAUGAUUAAACUCUGGGAGGAGAUGGAGCAAUCGAAGAGCAAACUCUGGAACAUGAGGACCGAAGUCUGUAGGGAGCGCAAAGCAAAUGGGAGCCUGGGCCAGACUGAGUCUUAUUUGAAAGACAGGUUCGGAAAUCAGGAGAAUGGCUUUGACUUUCAUGAACCACUUCUUAUCCUGGAGGAUGAGGAUCUUAGGGACAUAGUAGAGGAGGAGCCAGUGGUACCCCCUCCUGAGAACAAGGCUCCUGUGGAGCAGACCAUGCCAUCCAGAUUACCCUGGAAAGCAGCACAAGAGUUAGGGAGCUGUAAUCAAGAUCAGAGUUUCCCUCAGAUGCCCCAUCACAUAAUGGAGCUGGCUCAUCUCACUGAGGCUGAGCUGACAGAGAAGGUGAGGAACAAAGUCUACCAGUUGGCCCGCCAAUACAGCCUCCGAAUUAAGAACCAGAAACCAUCCAUGCGCAGGCGACUUGCUGAAGUAGAGGAGGAGAUGCAGAGAAACACGUCGACUGACCAACAGGGAGUAGUUAAGAGAGACAAAGGCCAAAAGAAGUCUACCUUGUGUCUACCCACCUAUGAACAAAUUGUGCUUCAGGAGGCUAGCUCACUAGGCCUUCUUUCCGCUUCAUCAACAUGUCAGAAGUCACCUAAGCGCUUCUCUUCCAGUAACAGCUCCGUCAGCCUAUCUUCCCCCACCAGCUCCUGCACCCUCUCUCACAGUCCCCUCAGCCCCAUCGUGACUGAGAAAUUCGACUGGCCUGAUGUGCGGGAGCUGAGGUCCAGGUAUUCCUGUCAGGUGGCGACUGAGAAAUGCAGACCCCCGCUUGUCAACAGAAGUUGCUCAGCACCUGAGAAAAUGGUAGAUGAUGCUAAGAUGCAGGCAGGAUUCCGGGGCUCAAAGGAGAUUGCAAAAACAGACGUAAAAAGCCAGGAAAGGGACAAACAGAGCUGCAGGAGAAAGGCCUCUCUUGAUUCCAUCCCCAAGGAACUUGUUUGUGAUGCUCCAAAGGAAUUGUGUGUCACAGCAAAGGCAUCACUGGAGAACCACCAGCAUGUGAUUGUGAUAGAGAAGUUGCCCGAGGAGACUAAUAAAGCUAAAGGCGAUGAAAGAGAGCCACAGAUUCUCUCCUCUUCAGAUCAAGAGAAGCUUUCUCUCAAAGAGUUGGUGGAGCGGUACAAGUCAUAUCAAGACUCAGAAGAACAUCAAAGAUAUGAGGGUGAUGUUCAGGAAGCAUGGUGGGAGAAAACCGGCAGCCAAAACAACCUGGUAAAAAACUUAAGAGAGAAAUUUCAGACCCUUAAUUCUACCAGCUGAACACCCACGUCUCUUGUUCCUGUGCCAUUAAGUUCUCAAAUCUCCUUCUUGGAUUACUACUCAGAACCUUCUUUGCCUGUUCCAUGUCAUGCUUGAAAUUUCUGGGAAGUUGCAACUGCCUCAAACUGAGGAUUUUUAAACAAUGCUCUCUUUAAAGAUCAAUGAACUUGAACAUGGGUCUGACAUGCCACCGA